UCUAUUUCGUCUCCAGCAAUAUAGAUUGCGUUAGCUCAAGUGUGUAAAUAGUGAAAACUUGCCCUGGCAAUAGUUAUUUCUCUCUCAAUGCUAUAAAACCAAAGCAAAAAAAAUUUUGGUGGGUGGUUGUAGAGAUUAUGGUAAUGGCUGAUAAUGAAGCAGGGGAUGGUCAUAACGAGGUCAAGUCACCAUGGAAGACUCCUGCAAUUGAUGGGGAGAAAGUGGGUGAUGCUCCUGUUAUGGGUACCCAAUCUUGGCCUGACCUUGGUGGGAAUCAACAAACCCCUCAAAACAACAACCCUCAGGUUGCUGCUGAUGUGUGUGCCCCAGCAGCUCCACACCCAUCAGUAGAGCAGAGAGCAGCUGGGCAGCCGAAAUCAAAUGGAUCUGGAAACCCCAAUGCUUCUUAUAAGCAUUCAUCAGCACGCCAUCAGAAGUCAGACUCUAAACGCAAUCCUAAUGCUGGGCCUCGUUUUCCUGUACCUUUACCUUAUUAUCAACCACCGGUGCCAGCUGUUUUUCAUCCUAUGGUACCCCCACCACACAUUGCAGUUCCUGGACCUGGGUAUGCUUACCACCCUGUCCCUGGACCUUUUCCCGGUAUUGAUCCUCAGUUGGUAAAAUCUGGAUCUGAGACAACAAUGCAAGCCUUUGGUCCCCCGGUUCAAGGUGUUGAUGCCAGCAGAAAUAUGCAGCUUCCUCCCAGAGGAGAUCCCAAUGCUUAUCCUGCCAACUUCUCUAAUAGAAGACCCAACGUGCAAGAACCUGGUGGACAUUUUAAUCCUGGCUGGAACCAUCAACGGGCAUUUAAUCCUAGAGAACCCAUUCCCAUGCAGCCGGGUGUUGGACCGAGAUCUUUUGCUAGACCUCCAUUCUUUGGUCCAGCUCCUGGGUUCAUGAUUGGUCCAGGUUACCCUGGAGCUUUGUGCUAUGUGCCUAUCGCUCCUCCAGGCUCCAUUAGGGGACCACAUUCUCCACGCUUUGUUCCAUACCCUAUAAAUCCAGAGUCUACUGUGCUCCCUCCGGAGAUGGUAACUUUGAGGGCUAAUAUAGUGAAACAAAUCGAGUAUUAUUUCAGUGAUGAAAAUCUUCAAAAUGACCAUUACCUGAUUUCCUUGAUGGAUGAUCAAGGUUGGGUUCCAGUCUCCACAAUUGCAGACUUUAAAAGAGUUAAGAGAAUGAGUACUGACAUACAGUUUAUCCUUGAUGCUCUUCAGAGUUCUAGUACUGUAGAAGUGCAGGGUGACAAGAUACGAAGACGUGAUGAGUGGUCCAAGUGGAUCCCAGUUGGUUCAACAACAUUGUCGUCAGAAGCUCCGGCUACUCAGUACCAGCCAAAAGAGAAUGUUACUGAUUCCUGUGGAAAUUAUCUGAAUGAAGAUAAUUCAAAGGACCUCUGUCAAGAAAACUUUAAUAUUCCUUUGGAAAGCGGGAGCUUGGAUCAUGUACCAGCUGAGGGAAAUCAUGCAGAAGUGAUGUAUAGAAGUAACAGAAAACAUGCAGCCGUGCAAGUUCAAUUAGAUGAUAUUGAUCAGUUACAAGGAAUUGAUCGCAUAAGGUUCAAUUACCACAGAACUGAAAGUGUGGAAUUAUCGCCAGAUGUAAUAGUACAGAAUGCUGCUGACCUGUCAAAUGAUUUUGCACAUACAUUUAUGCUGGAUGAAGAGCUGGAGCUUGAGCAAAAAACAACAAAAACUCUUUCUGCAUUUAACAGACUGGAUGAGGAAGAGGAUGACAUGGUCAAUGAUCGGGAUGUUCAGAGACUUGUGAUUGUUACCCAGAAUAGUGGGAUAACUGAAGGAUCAAAAGCUGGUGCAAAAGAUUCAAAGGCCAUAUCCAGUGAGCUUGCUGCUAUGAUAAAUGAUGGUCUUGUCUUCUAUGAACAGGAGCUGAAAACUAAACGAUCUAGUCGUAGGAAGAAUAAUUCUAAUUAUGAAAAUAAAGACGGAAAUCCAAGGUCUCCAAGGGGUGCAUUAGGAGUAUCAAAUCUGAAGACGGGUGAAAAUGCUGCUGGGAGCAGUAAUCUUGAAGAAUCUGGAGGAUCAAGUUCCCGAAGGAAGCAAAAUAAAGGCUUCUCCAAGCAACAGUCAUUCCAUAAGCAGAGAUUUUUCUCCGGCAAUUCAAAGAAUCAUGGAGCUAGUCGUAAUUCCAUUGCAAUAAUAUCAGAAAGUCCGCCAAGUAAUUCAGUUGGAUAUUUCUUUGGUUCUACUCCCCCAGAUAGUCACGGCCCUAGGCAGCCUUCGAAGUUGAGCUGUUCACCACAUGGGAAUCUUUCCAGCAGUCCACCAAUCGGUUCCUUGCCAAAGUCAUUCCCACCUUUUCAGCAUCCAAGUCAUCAGCUAUUAGAAGAAAAUGGUUUUAAGCAACAGAAGUACCUAAAGUUUCACAAGCGCUGCCUGAAUGACAGGAAGAAGUUGGGAAUCGGAUGCAGUGAGGAAAUGAAUUCACUAUACAGGUUUUGGUCGUAUUUCCUCCGGGAUAUGUUUGUCCCUUCUAUGUAUAAUGAGUUCCAGAAACUUGCUCUUGAAGAUGCAGCUGCAAAUUACAAUUAUGGGAUAGAGUGUCUUUUCAGAUUUUAUAGUUAUGGUCUAGAGAAGAAAUAUCGAGAUGAUCUUUAUAACGAUUUUGAACAACUUACCCUUGAUUUCUAUCAUAAGGGCAAUCUUUAUGGCCUUGAAAAAUACUGGGCAUUCCAUCACUUCCGAGAUCAGAAAGAACUGAUAAAGAAACAUCCCGAACUGGAUAGGUUACUGAGGGAGGAAUACCGGCGAUUGGAAGAUUUCCGUACCAAAGAGAAGAAUACUAGUAGCACAAGAGAGGAGCGCCAUUAAUGAGUGACGUAAUUGAUCCCUAGUGUUAUUGAACCCCAAUUUUGACAAGCAACUCUGAUGACCGGAUCAGAGAGUAGGAAGGAGUUCAAGGUCUAUAUGAAUUAUGGUUUGGUUUAUGAAUGCAGAGGGAAGAUGAGUUGUGUAAUGUAUAUUGGAAGGGGGUCAGAUAAAUUCUGGUGCGGCUGCCGAUUCUGGAGGCUAUCCAUUUUUGUGUUUCCUGAUAUUUGUGUAGGCUUUUUUGGCUCGAGGGUAUAUCUUUUUUCUUGAGUGA